AAAUAAGAUACAUUGUUCUUGUUCUGUAUUGAAUUUUAGUUGCACAAAUUGUUAUUAGUCAGACACCUAACUUUCCUGGAGCCGCUGCUUGCAAAGGAGUCCUAGAAUCAAGUCACUGGAUUCAUAGAACUAAUAUAAAAAACAAACGUGAUUGCAUGUAACUUUGUAAACUUUGUGUCAGUGCAAUAAAGUUAUUGUAUUCUGGGCCCGGCGUCACCCUCUCUCUGCUGAGGUGACUUCCUGUGCUGCUGUCAGCAGUGUCGAUGUCAAAACACUUCAUCGAGGAAUCCUCCAACAGUGCACAGAGUGACAGAGCAAUGAGGAAAUUCCAUUCUGAUAGUGUUCACUGGUUGCCAGGUAACCAUAAGGUGCAGCCAAGAGAGAUGAGCCUGUACAGUCCCUGCUCCUGUAUAUAUAGCAGGGCAGCAUGCACAACACAAACAAAGCUACAGACAAACACUACAAGCAGAUCUGCAGAGACAGAAUCCAGAGAGAACAUCCACUGCAGCAAUGGGUAUCCUCCUGAGCAGUCUCCAUCAAGCUCUUAUGAACCUCAGUGGAACCAAGGCUCGUAUCAUCAUGUUGGGUCUCGAUGCAGCUGGAAAGACCACAGUUCUUUACAAGCUGAAGUUCAAUGAAACUGUCUCCACUAUCCCCACCAUUGGAUUCAAUGUGGAAACGGUUGAACCCAUUCGCAAUGUGUCCUUCACUGUCUGGGAUGUUGGUGGCCAAGAAAAGAUCAGAGCCCUGUGGAAGCAUUACUUUCAGAACACAGAUGGACUGGUCUUUGUGGUAGACAGUGCUGACUGGGAGAGGUUUGAUGAGGCAAAGAGUGAGCUUGAAGCCAUUCUUGAACAUGAUGAAAUGAGAGGGGUCCCAUUUUUAGUGAUGGCCAAUAAGCAGGACCUUCCAGGUGCCAGGAGACCAUCGGAUGUAGCCGAAGCGCUGGGACUGAUGAAAAUACAAGGUCACAAGUGGCAUGUCCAGGGAUGCUGUGCAGCAACAGGGGAUGGUUUGGUGGAGGGUCUGGAGAUCCUGACCAACAUGGUGAAACAAUUCCAGAAGAAUAAGCCAUACUGAGCUGGUGGAAGAGCAGCUAAAGAGCAUCUUAUCUCACUUGAGUACAUGCUUGUUGCAAAACUCAGCUCUGCAUCUUGGCAAACAGCACAAGAUGUGAGUAAAUGCACAUAAUUGACAUGUUGGGUUUAGUGGCAAUCAAAUAAGUGCAAAAACAUAAAGACUGACUUUUCAGCUCGCACUGACUUUUCUAACUGCUGAAGAACUACAGCGAAAGGUGAUGGAAGGGGAACUGGAACUCUCCAAUUUAUGGUCCACCUGUGGACAAACUUUCAAACAGAUUGUUGGCAGAACCUUUUGCCAAAGGCUUAGGAGAAUGAAGCAUAAACUGAAUGAUUCUCUAGAAUGUGCAUAGCCAUGUUAUACUGUCUGAUUUAUUUUUCAAAUAAUGUUGCAUUCAAUUGUAUUGUUAAUUUUACAAAUAAAAUCUGUUUAUUUUUCCACAC